UUCCUGGUUCGUGGUUCCUGGUUCGAGUCCAGUCAGUCCACCAUGCUCCUGCAGCCGCUCCUGGUCCUGGUCGUCGUGGCCCUGCUGGCCUCCUCCUCCUGGUCCCGGGACGUGCUGGACCCCUGCGGCGGCCCCGGGGCCCGGGAGUGCGCGGAGGGGAUGGCGUGCGUGGGGCCCGGCGUGGAGGGGUCCGCCACCGUCAGGAGGAGGGGCCAGGUCGGCGUGUGCGCGUGCACGAGCCCCGAGCCGGUGUGCGGCAGCGACGGAGUCUCGUACCGGGACAUCUGCGACCUGAAGCUGCAGCAGCCGCCGGUGAUCUUCAUCCAGAGGGGGGCGUGUGGCCAGGGUCAGCAGGACCCCGACAGUCUUCGUUUCAAGUUCAACUUCAUCGCUGACGUGGUGGAGAAGAUCGCACCGGCUGUGGUUCAUAUUGAACUGUACCGCAAGACGAUGUUUUCCAAGCGGGAGGUGGCGGUGGCCAGCGGCUCCGGGUUCAUCGUGUCCGAGGACGGACUCAUCGUCACCAACGCCCACGUCGUGGCCAAUAAGCAAAGAAUAAAGGUGGAGCUGAAGAGCGGAGCCACAUUUGAUGCAAAGAUUAAAGACGUGGACGAGAAGGCCGACAUCGCUGUGAUCCAGAUCGAUGCACCGACCAAGCUGCCGGUGCUGCUGCUCGGCCGCUCGGCCGACCUGCGGCCCGGUGAGUUUGUGGUGGCCAUCGGAAGCCCCUUCUCCCUGCAGAACACCGUCACCACGGGCAUCGUCAGCACCACCCAGAGGGGGGGCAAGGAGCUGGGCCUCCGCAACUCCGACAUGGACUACAUCCAGACCGACGCCAUCAUCAAUUACGGCAACUCAGGAGGACCACUAGUCAAUCUGGACGGAGAGGUGAUUGGCAUCAACACUCUGAAGGUCACAGCAGGAAUCUCCUUCGCCAUCCCCUCCGUUAAGAUCAGGCAGUUUCUGGCAGAGUCACAUGACAGACAAAUCAAAGGUACAACUUUCACAACCAAGAAAUACAUUGGUGUUAAAAUGAUGAGUCUCACUCCAGCGUUUGCCAGCGAGCUGAAGGAGAGACAUUUAGACUUCCCAGACGUCACCUCGGGGGCUUAUGUCAUCGAGGUCAUCAGCAGGACUCCAGCGGAGGCUGCUGGCCUGCAGCAGAGUGAUGUCAUCAUCAGCAUCAACGGCGAGCGCGUCUCCUCGGCCAGCGAUGUCAGCGACGCCAUCAAGAGGGACGACACGCUGCGAGCGGUGGUGAGGCGAGGCAACGAGGACGUCCUGCUCACCAUCGUCCCCGAGGAGAUCGACCCUUGACCUCCAACCAACGACUCCACAGCUCGGCCAGUCUCCAGCUGCUUCUCAGUGUUUUUCAACCAAUCAUGAACACUUUGAAAAACCAAGCAACCUACCAGGGCCACACCUGCUGUGUGUGAGAACUUGUAGUUAUCAGUAACGACUUCUCUUCAAAGCCGUCGCACAUCUUCACCGGUCCGACCUCACGGCCCUGGAGGUGAACCCUGCUCUUCUUCCUCUAAUCCUCCCUUUACUUUCCACCAUCACACACCGUUUUCUUCUACGCACACAAUCUUUCCGUAGUUUUGUUUGUUUUGAGGGAAAAUUUUUAAAUAGUAUUUUUGUCUCUGUGUUUGUUGACAGUUUUUCUAAAAAGGGAAUAAAUACAUUUUUUUAA